AUGGCCACUUAUUCAUGUGAGACAGGAGAAGGAGGAGAGCUGGGUGAUGAAAUAUUGGAUUCAGGACUCAAACCCAGGUCUUCUAGCUCCAAAUUUGUAACAGAUCUUUCAGCUAAGAAAAAGAAACCCAAACUUUUAAAUAAGUUUGACAAGACUAUUAAAUCUGAACUUGAUGCUGCAGAGAAACUACGCAAAAAGGGAAAAAUUGAGGAUGCUAUGAAUGCCUUUGAAGAACUAGUGCACAAGUACCCACAGAGUCCACGAGCUCGAUAUGGGAAAGCUCAGUGUGAAGAUGAUUUGGCUGAGAAGAGGAGGAGCAAUGAAGUGCUCAAGAGAGCCAUCGAAACUUACCAGGAGGUAGCUGACCUGCCAAAUGUCCCCGCUGACCUGGUCAAACUCAGCCUGAAGCGGCAAUCAGACAGACAGCAAUUUUUAGGUCACAUGAGAGGCUCCCUGGUUACGCUUCAGAAAUUGGUUAACUUGUUUCCCAAUGAUACUUCUUUCAAGAAUGACCUUGGAGUGGGUUAUCUCUUGAUUGGUGACAAUGACAAUGCUAAGAAGGUUUAUGAAGAGGUUCUGAAUGUGACUCCUAAUGAUGGCUUUGCCAAAGUGCAUUAUGGUUUUAUCCUGAAGGCCCAGAACAAGAUUGCUGAGAGCAUCCCUUAUUUGAAGGAAGGACUGGAAUCUGGUGACCCUGGCACUGAUGAUGGGCGUUUUUAUUUCCACUUGGGUGAUGCUUUGCAGAGAGUUGGGAACAAAGAGGCAUACAAAUGGUAUGAACUUGGACACAAGAGAGGUCAUUUUGCAUCUGUUUGGCAGCGUUCACUUUACAAUGUAAAUGGACUUAAAGCCCAGCCUUGGUGGACUGCAAAAGAAACUGGUUAUACUGAGUUAGUGAAGACCUUAGAAAGAAACUGGAAAUUAAUUCGUGAUGAAGGCCUUGCCGUGCUAGAUAAAACCAAAGGUCUCUUCCUGCCUGAAGAUGAGAAUCUGAGAGAAAAGGGUGACUGGAGCCAGUUCACUCUAUGGCAGCAAGGAAGAAAAAAUGAAAAUGCUUGCAGAGGAGCUCCGAAAACCUGUGCUUUACUGGAAAAAUUUCCAGAAACGACAGGGUGCAGAAGAGGGCAGAUCAAAUAUUCUGUCAUGCACCCAGGCACUCAUGUCUGGCCUCACACAGGACCUACAAACUGUAGGCUGAGGAUGCAUCUGGGCCUGGUGAUACCCAAGGAAGGCUGUAAGAUCCGUUGUGCCCAAGAGACAAGGAUUUGGGAAGAAGGGAAAGUGCUCAUCUUUGAUGACUCCUUUGAACAUGAAGUUUGGCAGGAUGCAGCCUCCCUGCGCCUAAUCUUCAUUGUGGAUGUGUGGCACCCGGAGCUGACCCCUCAGCAGAGGCGAAGUCUGCCUGCAAUUUAACACAUAUUGGAGGCUCAGAACAUAAAAGAGGGAGGCUUUUAAUGUCUGUUCUGUCUGCGUGGCUGUGUAGACAGAACCAUAAAUGCUGAAGCUCCUAAUGCUUCUGCUUGAAUUGCAACCUCAAAAAUGCUAGCCUGCUCAGGUUUAGAAGAUGCUGAAGGAAUGGUUUGUCUACUCCAGCUCAUUUAGAAAUUGUUCUUCUCUGUUCCAUGCUGCUGUGAUGCCGCCAUUAAAGUGAAAACGUGAAACCUUCUUACCAGCCAAAGAUUUUGCCCCUAGAGUAGGUUUGUCUGUGUGCAUUGAUAGGAAAUAUAGAUAAUGUGAAUGGAUGGUUAUUGUUUUGUAAUUUUUAAAUGUAAUUGUAUUUUUCUAUUAAGCCAGCCCUAGAGCAUUUAUUUUUAUGAAC